AUGUUGUCUGCCCUCCUUCGACCCUUCAAGGGCAGCAGCUCGCGAGAUGGGGACCCCGCGGAUGUCGAGCAGGAUUUCGGGGCCCGUCCGUCGGUAGCCGAAUACCGAAACCACCCCCACGCAACGGCCGAUUUCACCGAGGCCGACGAUGACGACGAUGAGGAGGAAUCGAUCGGUGGCGAACCCUCCGGCCAGCAAACCAAUGGCCUCCCAAACGGCGAUGUGAAUGACCCGCCGAGGUCGAACGAGUUCUUGCCGCUGUUUACGGCCAACGCGAACCAUCUAGAUUCGAUCCCGAUAUACAACAUCACUCAUGCAAUCCGUAUUGUCGUCCAGACCCGCACCGAGACAACCCUCAGCUGGGACCAGUUACGGUCCCCCCAGGUUACGCAGUUCCUCAUCAAGCCGAUGCUGCAGCAGAUACGCUCACAACACUUUUGCCGCGGGACCUUGUAUGCCUUGUUGGCGAACUGUCUGCAGUUCGAAAAGGAGGGCCAGCUCUACCCCGGGACUGCCGGGACUAGUGCUACGAGAGCAAAGGUCUGCGAGCUCCUGGCCAUCAAACUGCUAAAGGAGUACACCACGCGGGAGCUCAUCGACGCCCUCUGCUAUGACUUUUAUCCCCUCCAGGGUAUCCCUGGCACCCAGACGCCGCUUGCAUCAGGCGGCCUAGCCAAACCUUCCGCGCUCCGAACGUCCACCCUCGAAGUCGCCAUCAGGGCUUCCGCCCAGCAAUUCCUAUCCCACCCCCUCGUCGUCCAGAAGAUUAAGGCGAUCUGGAAUGGCGCCAUCAGCUUCUCGUCGCCCAAACAGCCGCAGCAGCAGCCCCAACGCCAGGGAUCGACGGCGAGUGCGGCUGGGAGUAACAGCAACAACAGCCAGUCCAGACGCCAGAGUAAUAAUGUUAAUACCCGUACGCCGCUGCUGGGCGACCAACGGGUGGCGAAGGAGGAACCUCCUCGGCUGUCGUCGUUUACGGCUGGUCGCCGGGCUGUGACACUAUACAACCCCCGCACUGCCUCGCCCUUCAAGCUCUCCCGACUGCGUGUCCCGCGCUACCGACGGCUCUUUUCGACCUGCUCCCUGUUCGUAUUGAUAGGUCUGUUCCUCGCGGUCUUGGGCCAGCGGUCGAGCACAAUCACUUCGCUGGAGUUGUUGUUUUGGUUCUGGAGCGCGGGGUUCAUGCUCGACGAGCUGGUCGGAUUUAAUGAGGAAGGAUUCUCGUUCUACGUCAUGAGCUUCUGGAACAUUUUCGAUCUGGGCAUUUUGCUAUUGCUGAUCGUCUACUACUGCAUGCGCAUCUAUGGCGUGUUCCUGCUGGACCCGCACAAGCUGAACCAGAAUGCGUAUGAUGUUUUGGCUGUGAAUGCCAUAUUGUUACUGCCGCGGAUUUUUGGGGUGCUGGAUCAUUAUCGCCAGUUUUCGAGGUUGUUGAUCUCGUUUCGGUUGCUUGCGGUUGACUUGGUCGCUGUUUGUGUGCCAAUUUUGGUCUGCUGUAGUGGGUUCUUUGUGUUCCUGGCGUUUUCUAAGGGGCCGGAUGACUCGUUGGCCGUGGCUUUCAAGAUGUUCCAGGCGCUUAUUGGGUUUACGGCACCUGCUUGGGAUUUGUGGUCGUCGUACAAUUGGAUGGGACAGAUACUGCUGGGGCUGUUUCUCAUCAUCAGCCACUUUAUCGUCAUAACCCUACUGGUCACCGUAUUGGCCAACUCGUUCAUGUCCAUCUCCUCACGAGCCAACGAGGAGUACCAGUUCAACUUCGCCGUCAACACCAUCUCCAUGGCGAGAAACAAUGUGCUGUUCUCCUACGUCGCCCCGGGGAACAUAUUUGCGUGGGCGUUAAUGCCCCUUCGAUACUGCAUGUCCCUGGAGCAGUACGUCUGGAUGAACCGGACGGUGAUCAAGGCGACGCAUUUCCCGCUGCUCUUUUGCAUUUUCUUCUACGAGAGAUUCUUCCUGGCCCCCGACGUCUUCGACCCGACCGACCUGGUCGACAACCCGCGCCGCGAACGCACCAAUACGUUCUCGGACUCGGCCUUCUUCAGCCCCAGCGUUCGGGUACGCGAGGAGUCUGUGGCCGGUUUCCAGAAGGACCAGGCGCUCGAGGAGGUGUUCCGGCGAGCCCCGGACAUGCGAUCACAGCGGCGGACCGAGCGGCGAAAGACGCAGACCGAGAUCCGCAGCUGGAUGGACCAGCAGCAGCAGGAGGCCGGGUUCAACUCGCCGCGGAACUUUUCCACCAUCGACAGCCGGAUGAGCAGCGACUGGAUGCGGCGGCUGAGCAUGAACCGCGAACGGCCGUCGAGAAUCCCGAGGCACUACUCCGAUAUUCGGUCCACGGCGAGUGAUCCGGCGGACUUUAUCUUUGACGCUCCGUACCCGGUAGCGGUACCAACCUCGAUGUACAACGACGGUGUUAUACGGAGAGAUCACGCCCACGCCGCGAGCGUGAAGGAACAGGUGGAUGCCGCGGCAGACGGGGACGAUGAAUUGGUCACCAACGACGAGGACGAAGGCGACGAUGCGACCAACACCAUCGACGGCCGGGGUUUCUCAGGGGCGAACGUUAUCGACGAAGAUUACUUCACCACCCCCGUCGGUACUCGCUUCUCCAGCGGCGAUCUAGUCGACUCCCCACGACCGCCCACUUCACGACGGGUACCUCUGCACACCCGCACUCUAUCCACCAACACAAUCCUCUACGCCCCUGAGGAGGACGGACACCCAUACAGUUCUUCCUCCGCCUCGGCCCACCCUUUUCCCCGGCCACCCAGUACCCGCCAUGGCCUCGUCGCAGCCCCAAUCACUCCCGGGAACGGAAACGGGAACGGUCGUCGCUCGUCCCCGCGGCGCUCGUCCCCGCGGCGCUCCUUCUACCUCGGCCCCCGCCCGCGCUCCAUGAUCCAACCGUCCAAUCGCGCUGGCAGCAGCGGUCUCACGCUUGACAUCCCAACCACCAGUCCCGUGUACAAACCGCCUCGCCGACGCUCCCUCGCUGACUUGCUCCUCACGCCAUCGGGGUAUGAUAACAGCGGAGUUGGGCGUGCCGGCACCGGUACUGGUCCUAACACCGCCAUCGGUCCGGGUACGGGCACGUUCAGCCCAGCCGGGCGAAGCAGCAGUGAUGCACGCGGCGGAGCCGGCGCUGAGGUGAAUAAGCUCAUGCUGGCGCGGAUGAAGUCGCUGGAGGAGAGUUUGGGGUCGAUGGUGAAGGAGAUGCGUACGCUUCGGAGGCGGUCGGUGCCAAAUACGGCUGCUAAUUCUGAUGAUGGCGUCCUUGCGUCAGCAGCAAAAUUAUCCGCAUAG